AUGGGCUUCAAUUACUGUGACACUCUCAACCAGCAUAAUUGGGUUGGCGGCGGCGCCUAUGCUUAUGUAUACCAUGUUAGUCCAACCAUUGUGGUGAAAACUCUUCGCCCAGACCGAGACGCUGAAGAGGAGACGGAAGAACAUCCUUUUCUUAAGGAUAUCGCCUUCUAUAAGUGUUUUAAUGAGCGCGAGGACCAAUGUGUGCAUAUUGUUGAAUGUUUUAUUAUGCUUCCCGAUCAUCUCUUCCUAUCAUUCUGCGCCAACAGAGCCAUUAUCUAUCACUUUCAUGAACGUCAGGAACGGGAGGACAAUAAGUUCUUUGGGCGCCUCAUACGCGUAAAGAGCUAUGAAGAUCCAGGGCUUAUCGCUCGAUGGAUACAACAACUUACGUCGGCACUUGAAUAUGUGGAAAAAAUGGGUUUCUGUCACAAUGAUAUCAAUACAACUAAUUGCCUUCUUGACGAUAAUUUCAACCUCAAACUGGCCGAUUUUGGCCGUGCCACCACCAUUGGAAAAUAUCUGGAAUAUACCGGUGCCCCUUGGGCCUUAAAAUUAAAUGGUGGACCCUUGGAAGACACUUAUGGUCUCUGCUCUGCCAGAACCGAGCAAUUUGCCGUUGGGUCAAUUCUUUACUUUAUGGUCUAUGGCCACAAGCCCUAUGAAGACAUUAAUUUAGACGGUCCAGAAGUGGAACAAAGAUUUCAAGAUUUGAACUUUCCGGAAUUAAACCGCCAUGAGAUUUUUGAUAGUCUCAUCGCUUGUUGUUGGUAUAAUGUCUACCCAAACAUGGCUUUGUUGGCAUAUGACCUGAAGUGCAAAACGAAGGAUAUUGCAUCAAGUACCGAAUAUGCAAUAAUUGAUCGUGUGAAGGAGAGAAACACAUGCGAAGCACUGAUCCGAAAGGGAAUACUAGGUCCUGAGUUAGGCCUCCGCUUUCAGCCGGCCUGGAAAAAGUACCUAUAUGCUGCCAGAAGUGUGUUUCUCUGGCGAUUUCUGAUGGAUCUACCGCGGAGAAUUCGCUUUUGGUUCUGUCGCGGACAGACACUCUCCUGA